UUGAGUCGAGGACGGGUUGGAGAGAGGGCGUAGUUGGCGCGAGCACUUACCAGCCGGAGCGCUGGUGCCCUAGGUCGUUGUGUGCAAGGUGAUGCUUCCCGAGGCUUGCUGUGUGUGUAAAGUGGUCCCUCAGGCCACUGUGUACGAAGUAUUGGUGCCGCAGCUCGUAGUCAAGGCCCUUACUGGUAAACAAUGGCUGCUGUGGCCACCCCGCAAGCUGCUCAACGAUGCGAUAAUGGUAACGUGGGAGUUCCCGGGACGAGAGAGGUCUCCAGGAACACCGACCGUCGCUACAGUGAGGUGGUGAAGGAGUACAUGAAGAAGCAGAAGUUGGUGGGGUCGGUGAGCAGCGAGAGUGUGGAGCCCGCGGACGUGCUGACCCACCUUGCUGACCGGGCCGGACCCCACGACGACACCUAUGUCAGCUGGGACCACCCAGACACCCCGAGGGCGGGGAGGUCCUCGACUGGACCGGAUGUCCAAAGUCCAAAGAUGUACCCGCAGCUGACGGCGGGUUCCGGGGAAGGUCGGGUAGAGCCAGUUCAGUGCGAGAGCGCCAAGCAGUGUCCCGGGGGCGUCAUUAGCGAAGGAUCUGUGUCGUCGAGUCUCCAGCCCAAAAGUGGAACCCGAUCGUAUCGUUCCUCGGCAGACACGGAGGUGUUCUUCUCCCCGUUCUCGGCGGCUUUUCUUUCUGCCAAGCACACGAAUCCAUUCAGACCCUCGCAAAGUACCUCGUCAGAAAUGGUAAUGAGGACUUUCAAGACACCGCCCAAAUGCCCAUCACAAUCCUCGUCUCGUGAUGGCAGCGAAGCCAAGAGUUUCAAGAGUGGUGUAGGCAGUGACAGCAGCUGCACCAAGGACUCGAACCGCGUCUCCCAGUCCUCGGAAACAUCGAAGAUGUUCUUCGGGACUACUCCCAACUUCUUCCGCUGCAAGCCCAAGGACUGCUUGUCGGUGACUGGAGGAGCCAAGAGCCCGGGCAAGGCUCCAGCCAUCAAGAUCACCUCUGUGGGCGGCUCCCCGAGAGACUUCUUAGGAGUGACGGAAGGGUCGAGUGGGUCGCCAGGCAGGGAUCUGUGCUCCGGAGGACCUCCCUCCUCUAAGGGCUCCGACCUCGGGAGGAGCGCGACACCUCCGUCCCCAAGCUUGAGCCGCAGCAAUCAAACUUCCCUGCGUGCUUCAGAGAAGGUCACUCCGGUCGACACCGUACCGGCGGCUGUACAAGAUCCCUUCCUCACGCACACAAUACCCACUGACGGAGGCGAGCCCGUCGGACACGAGCUUCUGGACUCCCCAUCCUGCAGGAACUUGACCAUCAAUAAGAGUGCUCUCUUAGAUACCAAGCGGUACUCGGGAGACAGUAGCGUGUACGGCAUGCCCCAUGCUGUCCGCCCUCUCAAUCCUGUCGCUCUUAACUUUGAAAACAUGUCACGGCGAAGCUCGGAGGACAGCUCGUGGCGUGGCGGGAGCGUUGGAGACUACCAGGACGCAGUGGGCACCCUCAGCUACCCCCCGGAGGAGGCCAGCGUCACCCAGUACGCCCUCGCCACACCAUUCUCCUACUCAGGACAAAGUAUGUCGCUGGCAGUGUCACCAUGGAGGAACAAAAGCAAGACCAAGGGGGUAAACUCUCACAAAGUUUACAAGAGGAGCGAGGUCAGACGGAAGCGCUUAGGCUGGUGCUUGGUGAUAACUGGCUUACUACUCCUGGUUGCAUCGGCCAUCACCAUUAUUGUGGUGGAGGUGCCAGCCCACAGCCAAGGUCUACGCAUGAAGCCUCUCAACAAAACGCUGGAGAGUUAUAUGGACAAACUCGGAGUCUCCGAUAAGUUGGGAAAUCCUGAUGCCAGUCUUCACACUGGCCAGCCCUCAAGCCUGAUGACCACUCUUGGUGUAGGACUUAAUCUAAACAUUGGCGUUGGGACGGACGCUUCUGUCGCUGGGGCCUCUCCGGCUGUGACCACUCUGGAGAGACUAAUGGUCCCGACCUCCUCCUCCUCUACUCCGGACACAGUGGUGGUUCCGGCCUCCUCCUCCACUCCGGACACAGUGGUGGUCCCGGCCUCCUCCUCCUCCACUCUGGACACAGUGGUGGUCCCGGCCUCCUCCUCCUCCACUCUGGACACUGUGGUGGUCCCGGCCUCCUCCUCCUCCACUCCGGACACUGUGGUCGUCCCGGCCUCCUCCUCCUCCUCCUCCACUCCGGACACAGUGGUGGUCCCGGCCUCCUCCUCCACCCUGGACACAGUGGUGGUCCCGGCCUCCUCCUCCUCCUCCUCCUCCUCCACUCCGGACACAGUGGUGGUCCCGGCCUCCUUCACCACUCCGGACACAGUGGUGGUCCCGGCCUCCUCCUCCUCCUCCACUCCGGACACAGUGGUGGUCCCGGCCUCCUCCUCCUCCACUCCGGACACUGUGGUGGUCCCGGCCUCCUCCUCCUCCACUCCGGACACAGUGGUGGUCCCGGCCUCCUCCUCCACUCCGGACACAAUGGUGGUCCCGGCCUCCUCCUCCACUCCGGACACUGUGGUGGUCCCGGCCUCCUCCUCCUCCUCUUCCACUCCGGACACAGUGGUGGUCCCGGCCUCCUCCUCCUCCUCCACUCCGGACACAGUGGUGGUCCCGGCCUCCUCCGCCACUCCGGACACUGUGGUGGUCCCGGCCUCCUCCUCCUCCUCCUCCACUCCGGACACAGUGGUGGUCCCGGCCUCCUCCUCCUCCACUCCGGACACAGUGGUGGUCCCGGCCUCCUCCUCCUCCACUCCGGACACAGUGGUGGUCCCGGCCUUCUCCUCCACUCCGGACACUGUGGUGGUCCCGACCUCUUCUCUGUCCCCGACCAAACCUUUUGAACAGCUGGAAAUGAUGUCGUCUCGACCUGUCUAUCUUCAAAGUGGCCUUUAGAAUAAAACACAAUUAAAUAGUUUCCGUUGUGGUUAUAAAGCUGCCUGCACA